GUGAUUUUUUUUUUUUUUUUUUUAACGGCACCGACGGGUCCUAAAACCCUGCUCCGUGGAUGCUGUUAAGCAGCGGGAGAACAGCAACAACUCCCAGCCAGCAAAGCUCGGUUCAGUAGUACCGAUACAGAUGACAGCAUCUUGGCCUCCUCCAGUUGACACAAAACAUCACACAGAACAGUUGCAGACAGGCAGUUUGGUGAAGCAGUCCAACGAGGUCUUCACCUGUGGCACGGUGUGAUGAAUCCCUCCAUGUUCCUCUUUGGCCGAGCUGGGCAGCGAACGAUGGUGACCAUGACAGAGGCGCACUGACGCCCUCCCUCGCUCCUCUCUUUCCACAUCAAGUCUGCACAAGCAACAGCAGCCAUAACAAUGAGCACUCACAGUCGCCAAGGUGGAUUAACCAGCACGGAGAAGCCUCUGGAACUUAUUAAACCAGCGGCACACAACCAUUUUGUGGACGUGAGCACAGCGGCGCUGCCCUCCACCGCCACAGCCAUCCUUCCCAUGGAUCUGCGCGUAGUGGACCACGCUCACCACCACCAGCAGCAGCCCUCCUUUGGCUUGGUUCCUCCACCCCACCCCACGCCACCGACCUCCACAUCUACUGAGACAGGCCGUGGACCAGUCAUUAGCCAGCAGGAGCAGCAUCUGCAGCAGGAGCUGGUGGCUCUUAAACACAAGCAGCAGCUCCAGAGGCAGCUACUCAUUGCAGAGUUUCAGAGGCAACAUGAACAGCUGUCACGGCAACAUGAAGCCCAGAUGCAGGAACAUGUCAAGCACCAACAGGAGUUACUGGCGCUCAAGCAUCAACAAGAGCUGUUGGAGCACCACAGAAAGAUGGAGCAACAACGUCACGAGGAGCAGCUGGAGAAGCAGCAGCGGGAACACAAACUCCAACAGCUCAAAAACAAGGAGAGGGGACAAGAGAGUGCAGUCGCCAGUACAGAGGUAAAGAUGCGACUUCAGGAGUUUGUCCUGAACAAAAAGAAAGCCUUGGCUCAGCGAAACCUAAACCACUGUCUGCCCAGUGACCCACGCUACUGGUAUGGAAAAACUCAGCAUAGCUCUUUGGACCAGAGCUCACCUCCACAAACGGCGCUGUCAGCAUACAACCAUCCCAUGCUGGGCACAUACGACUCGAAAGAUGACUUCCCUCUCCGCAAAACCGCCUCUGAGCCCAACCUAAAGCUUCGUUCUCGGCUAAAACAGAAGGUGACGGAGCGUCGCAGCAGCCCUCUGCUCCGUAGGAAAGAUGGACCCAUUGCUACUGCCAAGAAGCGUCCCCUAGACGUUGCUGAGUCUGCAUGCAACAGUGCACCAGGCUCGGGUCCCAGUUCCCCCAACAAUGGCUCCGGUAACAUCCCCACUGAGAAUGGGGUCACAAUCUGCAGCAGUCCAGGAGAGACCUCCCUGCUCCAGAGGCUGGCAACACGGGAAGGGUCAGUUAGCCAACUCUCUCUCUACACCUCUCCUUCUCUGCCCAACAUCACCCUGGGCCUGCCGGCCACAGGGCCUGCUAGCACUGUGGUAUCAGGACACCAAGAUGGUGAGAGUCAUCUGGCAUUGCCUGCUUUACAGCAGGGCAUUCCACUGACCCCUCCUUUCCUGCCCACUACCCACCUGCCCUCCUACUUGGCAUCUUCAGCACUGGACAGGGAGGGCCCUGGAGGGGGCACGGCGGGUCACAACCCCCUCCUCCAACACAUGGUACUGCUGGAUCCGAGCCACAGUCCAGUGGUUGGGCUUGGUGGCCUACCGCUGCCAUCGCCCUCAGUCUCCAAGCUCAUGCGCAGCCACCGUCCCCUGGGGAGAACGCAGUCGGCGCCUCUGCCCCAGCAGCAGUGCGGACAGGCCCAGGCCCUGCAGCACCUGGUGGUCCAGCAGCAGCACCAGCAAUUCCUGGAGAAGCACAAACAACUGUUCCAACAGCAGCAGCAGCAGCACAUCAUCAACAAGAUAAUGUCCAAGCCCGGCGAUCAGGCCUCAGCUGCAGGCCCGGGUGCCUCGGGACCAGGCAGGCAACACCAGAGUCACCCAGAAGAGACGGAGGAGGAGCUUAGGGAGCACCAGGCGCUCUCCUCGUCAUCGUCGUCCUCCUCUCCGACCUCUGGGCAAGAGACGGGGUUGCUACGUGGGGUGGUCAUCAAGCAGGAGCCUCCGGAUCCCCAGGAGCAGGAAGAGAGGGAGCAAAGAGAGAGGCAGGCUGAGCAGGACUUCCUGUUCAGACAGCAGGCUCUGCUCUUAGAGCAGCAGCGGAUCCACCAGUUGAGGAACUACCAAGCCUCGAUGGAAGCAGCCGGGCUUUCGGCCAAUUUUGCUGGCCACCGGCCUCUGUCCAGAGCUCAGUCAUCACCAGCCUCUUCCUCCUUCCCCAUGGUCGUGCAGGAGCCGCCAGCCAAACCUCGAUUCACUACAGGUCUUGUGUAUGAGUCUUUGAUGCAGAAGCACCAGUGCAUAUGUGGCAGCACAACCAGUCAUCCAGAGCACGCCGGCCGCAUUCAGAGCAUCUGGUCCCGACUGCAGGAAACAGGCCUCAGGGCGCACUGUGAGUGUAUCCGUGGUAGGAAGGCCUCAUUGGAGGAGUUGCAAACAGUCCACUCUGAAGCCCACGUCAUGCUAUAUGGAACUAACCCGCUGCGGCAGAAACUAGACAGUUCAGUAAAUCCCAUGUUUGUGAGGUUGCCGUGUGGAGGCAUAGGGGUGGACAGCGACACCAUUUGGAAUGAAGUCCAUUCAUCCAGCGCAGCGCGUCUGGCUGUUGGCUCUGUGGUGGAGCUAGUCUUCAAAGUAGCAUCGGGAGAACUGAAGAAUGGCUUCGCCAUCGUUCGACCCCCUGGACACCACGCUGAGGAGAGCACACCUAUGGGUUUCUGUUAUUUUAACUCAGUCGCCAUAGCAGCCAAGCUCCUGCAGCAGAGGCUCAGUGUCAGUAAAAUCCUCAUCGUAGACUGGGAUGUCCACCAUGGCAAUGGCACCCAGCAGGCCUUCUACGCUGACCCCAGUGUCCUUUACCUGUCCCUGCAUCGUUACGAUGAUGGGAACUUCUUCCCUGGAAGUGGCGCACCCGAUGAGGUGGGCAGUGGAGCAGGUGAAGGUUUUAACGUGAACAUGGCCUUUACUGGGGGACUGGACCCUCCCAUGGGGGAUGCAGAGUAUCUAGCUGCAUUCAGGACGGUGGUCAUGCCUAUUGCCAACGAGUUUGCGCCUGAUAUGGUUCUGGUGUCUUCUGGCUUUGAUGCAGUAGAUGGACAUGCCCCACCGCUGGGAGGAUACAAACUGACAGCCAAAUGCUUUGGCUACCUGACCAGGCAGCUGAUGGGUCUGGCAGGCGGUCGGCUGGUGCUUGCCUUGGAGGGGGGUCACGACCUCACAGCCAUAUGUGAUGCCUCUGAAGCCUGCAUCUCUGCUCUGCUUGGCAAUGAGUUGGACCCCAUACCCGAUGAGGUGCUGCAGCAGAGACCAAAUGCGAAUGCGGUACGGUCUAUGGAGAAAGUAAUCGAAUUUCACAGUAAAUACUGGUGCUCACUGCAACGUUCUGCCUCCUCGCUGGGUUAUUCUUUGAGUGAGGCCCUCAAGCGUGAAGCAGAGGAAGCUGAAACUGUUUCUGCCAUGGCCUCAUUGUCUGUCGCAAACAAGCAUGUUGGAAAGAGGGCUGAAGAGGAACCAAUGGAAGAGGAAGCUCCUAUGUAAAGAAACAUCACGACCUUUUCGAUCUCUCAGACUCAUCGGUGGCAUUUUAUCGUGACAAAAAUGGACCACCGAAGAUGAGCGACCCUUUUGCUGAUCAGCAGUGCACUGAGCAAUCAGCAUAAAUGCGUUGCAUUGCAUUGCACUUAAAGACUUUUGGAUAUACGAUUGUUUCAGCUAUCCCGUAAUGACAACCUCCAGUGCCAGUGCUUUUAAAACACUAGACAGACAUACUUUUGAUUGCCAGUGAGAACCAUACAGAGGACCUACAGUCAUCUACUCUUCAUGUAAUUCUGCUCUGUCCCUGCUUUAUCUUCAUCUCUUCGCUUUCCUGAAGACCACCAUAGCUAUUGUGAUUGUUACUCUGGACUAAAGAUGGGUUCUUGCUCUUUCAAGUUAUCUAAAUGAGAGGGAAAAAACGACAGUUUUCCAUAUUGUUGAAGGUUACAGAUGAGAAAGGUCACAAACCUGUUAGAGUAAAAGACAUUUGUGCCUUCCCCCCCUCCACCCCGUCUAAACUUGGUGGAAUUUUUAUUGAACUCCACUGGAAGAGUUUUGCCUUAAAAAUAGUUUUGGGACUGAGGCCUCUUCUCCCCAAGCCCUCACACAUUUCUAUCCUGGCAAGACAUCCACUGCCUGCAUGUUGUUGGCACAUAGACUGAAGGACUUUGGCAUGUUUACCUAUAAUUCCCUGCAACCAGCCUACUGUCUCUGCCCCCACCUUUUCCCCUCAUUUUCAGUGUCCACUUGGAAGGUAGUUCCCAGCCACAAGUUGGAGGUGGCUCCUUUAAAAAGGAAAUUAAGAGUUGUAUCAUUUAAUCACAUAGGCACCAAUUCUUCUUUGUCAGAGAAAGAUGUACGUAGCAUGCACUUUACUGGAGCAUUGGGACUUCUGAAAGAUAGAAUCCUCUUUAUAUCGUAUGUAGUAGUUACAUAAAAAUGAAGCCAAAGCAUGACAGAUUAUUGUCUCUGUAGAGUAUAACCACUUACUGCCCCACACAUAUAACAACGACUGAGCAGUGUCAGUAUUUACGUUAGAAUUUGUCUCACUUUUUCAGACAUUUGCCGAAUGGAAAUAAACUAAUCUCACAUGGGCUAAUUUGUUGAACCAGCCCUCUCUUUAAGACAAGGACCAUACCACCUGGGAUUUUCCAGAGGGGUGUUCUGGAGCUUUCACAGCUGGCUUAACAUCUUUCGAUCCUUAUCAAGAACAUCUGCGUUGCAAAUGUCAGGUGAUACGAGGCAGGUGUGAAUGGGUCUGCCUCUUCGUAUACAAUAAAGCACAAACUCUUCUUUAUAUAUUUUUUUAAUAGUAUGCACACAUUUUUAGGUGUUCUGCAUUAUAAAACGCAGUCCUCUUUUUGACAGCCCGUGGCUCAAAUGCACAUAUUUGAGCUUUAAAUAGCACAUGUAGCUCAGCCUGUCCUCCUGGAUUCUGAAUCGUUUUGUUAGGUCGGGUCUCGUUACUAAUCUGAGUAUCAAAUCUUUUUGAAUCAGCAUUUUUAUAUGUUAUAAUAUUUAAGAAGACAAGAUGUAAAAGUUUCCUGCUCUGAUUUUUUUGAAGUCAAGCCCACAAUAUAGCUCCCAGUCGCUCUGCACCACACAGACAACCACCAGCCUAGGUUGUAGUAGUUUGUUUAAUUUAAUAAUUAAACAGUCCCAGAUUAAGACUAUAGCGGCCCCUCUGAUCAGCAUGCUAACUUCCUUCCAGCUUGUGUUUGGCCCUCUGGGCAACUACCUUCUGCCGCCUUUAUUUGACCUAAAAACUAAUCGUGUCUUUAAUGUCGUUUUUAAGUGAACAGGAAACGGAGUGCUGUGGUAUUUACUGUUAUUUACUGUACAUAGGACACUGAUCUCCUGAGUAUUCCUGCCACACACAUUAACUAUUUUUUUGGUUUGUUUUCCUCUCAUUCGCUUUUUUCUGCUUUUGAGCUCUAGUGACUUAUUUUUGUACAAUUUUCCUGUUGUUUUGUGCGUGUUGUCCACUCUCUGUUUCUCUGAUAUGUUGUAAAGCUGACAUACUUCACAGCAGGUGAGGGUUCAGACUCUGUUUUUAGUGGACGUUACACGAGUACGUUUUCUGGGUUCAGGGUUUUUGCGGGAGCGUUGGGAUUCAAAUGUUUCUACUUUGUAUAAUGAUGGACAAUUGUGUAUUUACUGUCUGUUCAUAGUAGAUUUAUAUAUAAAAAGAAAUGAGUAUAUUAUAUAUCUAUACAUUACAAAAUGCUACGAUGUUGUUUUUGAAGUUGGUAUUGAAAAACAAUACUUUCCGUGGGUCUUAGUUACAGUUGGCCCUUUUUAGGGUGUUACUGAAGGCACCUUUUGCUGUUGAUUAUGUGUUGAGCAGCAUUUUUCUGGCUGUUUUUUGUCUCUCAGCAGUAAUGACUUCUUUUUUGGGGGGGGGGUCUGUUUUGUUUUUGUUCAUUAUUUAUCCCAUUGGUACCAUAACACUGUUACAGUAGGUGUGCAGUCACCCUCUGCUCAGCCUUGCAUUUUAAUGCACAUAUUUGUCAGAUUCCAUACCUUUUCUUUCUCAGUGCAGAUGUUCUUGCACACAUAUCUUGCCUGGCAUCUGUUAAGUUUCAGUAUUUCAAGAAAUUUGAGACUACAGUUAAAGAUAUGAAUUUUUCAACAUCCAAAAAAAUGCCAAAGUCUUUUUUGUUCCUCUUUGUUAAAGAUUAUCAUCUGACGUAUUUGAAAGAAUAGGAAGAAUAGCGAGGGCGGAUUAGAAUUGGAACACGGCCAUUGCUUUCUCCCUGUGUUAAAUCACCACGACAGGCCUCGCAAAUGGUUUUGUAUGAUCAACAUUUAUUUUCUUAUCAGGCCAAGUAUGCUUAGUUUUAAUUUAAAUUAACAUUUUUCAAGUUCACAGCUGAAUUCUCAUCAGCUUUGGUAUGCAAGUUAUGUUUCUGUAUCUAAAAAUCACAGUUGUUUGAUCACAGUAGUAGCCAACGUGUCCUGGCUUUGUCUGCAGCAGGACCAAGGUAUCUAUGCCUUAAAAAAAACAGGAAAAAACACGUUUGAUUUUCUUUUUUGGGGGGACAUUUCAAUCAGACGUACAAGAAAUAAAUUUGCUUAUUUUAACUGAAUGUAUCUUUCAGAAAGAUCUUCCCUCUCCUUACUAAUGCACCACUAAUGUCUUUAAGUCUCGAAUCCUUUUCCAUAACUUUUGUAGUUGAGAUAUGGAUAUGGUAGAUUGUUUUCACCAUCAUCUUUUUUUAGUAAAUUUCUAAAGAUAAUGUCUAUACCAAUACAAGUUUGCAUUAAAUUGUGCAUAAAGUUAAUUCUGCCAAAACAAAACCUCUGGUCUGGUUGCAGCAGGGCAUCUUUUGUUAUAAUAUUUAGCUUUUUCUGUACAUUCCCUUUUUAUUAGACACACAGGCACAUUGUUUUCUCCUCCUUUGUAGAUGUUGGCCAGCUUCUUUGUGUGUGCGAUACUUGCGUACUUUCAUAGUCGGGAUAUGAAAAUGCAUAUAAUCGGGCUAUCCUGAAUAUGACCUCAGCUGGGAUAUGCUGACAUCUCGGCUCAUUUUAACACACUUGAAGAGAUGCCUUUCAGUAACCCAGCCCAGAACAUUCCCAGAACCUUUGCACAACAGUGCCAGUCAUGGCUUUUCUUCUGUUUAAUGCUUUCGUUUCUCAAACGCUGCCAAAACUAGCACUGUCUGGCUACUCUGGCCAUCUGUCUUCACUGUUAGUCUUAAAACAAUGUCCAGUAACCAAAAAGAAAAAAAAAGCAGCAUUCCAUUUUGGUGUAAUUUCCAUUUAUUAUAAGGUAAAUCUUUUUUCUUUUUUAACCCUCACAGGUCUGAGAGCUGUCUUGUUUAUGUAGAUGCCCCGGUCUGACCCCACUCCGCUCCUCCUCUUUUCUCCCUGCAUGAUCCGUCUGUCUGCAUGCAUUACCUGUCUGUCUGUCUGUCCCCUGCCACACACCAGCACACGGGAUCAAGCACUGAAGGAUUUUCACUGUAUCCAAACUAUUUUUUAUCUCUUUGCUUCUCUUUUUGUUUCUAGUAUGGAGGACUUUGGGUGCUUUCCAUGUUGUGCUUUCACUUGUAGCGAACGAAUCAUCAAACCUGGCAGACUUAAGUUGAAUAAGUUACAAAAAGAAAUAGUAUCAAGCACAGACAAUAGAUUUUAUUGUAUUUAUGUAGAAAAUAAAUUGUUUAGUGGGAUGCUUUGUAAACUCUAAGACCAGAAUGGACUGUCUUUUUUUUGUUUGUUUUUUCCAAACCAGGCGAGAUGUGACUUUGGAGGAUUUUCAGAAGAUAUUUGUGUUUUCUGUCACGUCUGAACUCAUCAAAGGGCUCCAUCCAGACGCCUGGUCAUUGUUACAGUUGUCCAUUCCAGUAAAUAAGCCAGUUAUCUCUAUGACCACUGUGGUUCAGAAACAAACAGUUCUAGGUUUACAUAUGUAUAAAA